CACAACUUUGGUUUGGAUCUCUAACCUCAACUAAUCCCACGACGCGCCCGAGUGAUCUUCUUUCUGAUGCUCGGUGCGCAUGUAUGGAAACGAGCAAAUUCCAUUCGGACCUUGCCCAUUGCUCGUUUCGCGCUCUCCCGUUCGGUCACCACGGCCCUCGGCUCGACCGAUUCGAUCAGCACGCAAAGCAGCUCUGAGCAACGACCAGUGGCGCCGAGCGGAGCUACGGAGUCCGUGUCUAGACUUCCUCUUGAAUCUCCCGGCGGCGCAUUAGAACCCUCCUCUUCUGGCCACACGAGGCCGCCCUCAGCAAGAUGGUGGCUCUGCUCGUCCCUCCAGUCCAUCCAGGCAACACAUCCCCACUAUCAGGAGAUAUUCAUUCCCUCUCGCCUUCUCCUCGAUGCGCUACUGGUCCCACUAAACAGCCGCGGCGGGGCGAUAAUGGCCGACGAUCUGGCCAACGCAGUCGAGCGCGAGAACCCGGAGUAUAGGAAUGCGCGUGUGACGCUCGCGCAGCGUCUCCUUAAGGACGGCGACCGGCUGUUGACUCUUGGUGAAGUUGAGAACGCUAUAGGCACGAAGAACAACUUCGUGUGGACGACGAUCUGGGCGCUUCUGCAGAAGUACAAGAGCCCGGGAUUAGAAAGCCUCACAGAGGAGGAAAUCUCGCGCGAGCUCUUCGACCGGUUACCAAGUCUGGGAAUCAAUAAGGCGCACGCACUCGCAUAUAGUGGACAUCGGACGCUGGAGGACUUGUUGGAAGAACCGCGGGUCAAGCCAAAAGUCAAGAACUUCAUCAAGCUUCUGAAAGUACAGGACCGUGCCAUUUCGCGCGCCGAGGUAGAAGAAUACCGAGAACGGCUAGGCCAGGCCCUCAGCAGCGCCGACACAAAGUACAACUUUGAACUGGUCGGGGCAUACCGCCGCGGUGCUGCGUACUCGCAGUCGAUCAACGUGCUUGUGUGGCACGACGCAUUUGAGCGUCCAGAGCAGGAGUCGGGCAUCCGGGACCUUUAUCGCACUCUUGAGAAAGAGGGGAUCUUCCGGCUAGACAAUAUGCUCAUGAGCGGGCCGAAUUCCCCCCCAACACACGUGCAGAUGGGAGGAUUUAGCUCGCUCGGAGAGGACCGUCCCCUUCGCCAUCUGGAAAUACGGAUCGUGCCCAUGGAGAGUGUCCCGUACCGACUGUUUUGGGACACUGGUGCGGAAUGGCUUGUGAGGCACAUGGUUUUGGAGGCGCGGAAGCGCGGCCUCAAGCUUUGGCCCGGCGGCAUGCAGCCACUUGGACAAGGGCGUCCCCCCAAGACGGCGAUUCUUGUGGACGACGAACGCGAGCUCUUCCAGCUCCUCGACGUGCCAUGGAUCGAGCCCACACAACGUGGCUACAAGAACGUACAAGCGACGCUGCCCAAACUGCGCGCAUGGUCGUCCGCGUCCCGCCCAUCAUCCGACUACCUCCGCCGCGUGCUCAGCCAGGCAACUGUCGUCAAGCCUGAUCGCGUGCACCCCACCAACGUGUCUGAGAUUGUCGCCGCCUCACGUCUCCCUGUCCCGAAGGAGCGGACGCACGACGUGCCUGCCUUCCCCAAGAUCGAUAUCGAGGGCGCGACCGCCGACAUUGAGAUGGUGCAGAGACGUGCCGCUGCCAGCCUCUCUCGCGGGCGCUUCGAGAAGGGGAAUCUCGCGCGUCUUCAGCGCCGGCAUCGCAAUGAUGCGUCUGUGGAUGAGUCUGGGUCGACGGAGUAGAUCAUCAGGUUGUUUUUAAGUCGUCACAGCAUAUGCAUCAUCCCCAUCACAACGGA